AUGGCAGACUCCUUCGCCGACCUCUGGAACUCGACUGCCCCGACGAAACCGCCAGAACCACCACGCAAGCUCGGUUCCCUCACUCCUAUUGUAUCUUCCGCCCGCCCACCGCAGAAUGACGUAUUUUCUAUGCUCGCGUCGGCGAGCCCUUCUACAAGGAACUCGCGAUCGAACACGCCCUCUGCCACUGGACCGCUGCAGUCCACGAGAUCCCUGGGAACGUCCAGCCCGGCAAUCCCAAAACCGGUGCAGAAGUCAACGAGUGCUGGCGGAGAUGCCUUCAGCAGUUUACUCGCAGGACCGUUCGCAUCGAGUUCGACCAGUGCGAAUAUGACUAUCGCAGAGCGGGCGGCGAAGGCCGAGAGGGAGAGGAAGGAACAGUCGCACGGAGCGCAGACGGUUAGCAAGCACCAGGUAGCUGCAUGGGCUGGGCUUGACUCCCUUGGAACUACAUCCUUCGGUGCGAAGUCUUCUUCUGCGACUGCUCUUGUUAAAAUCCAGGACGACGAGUGGGAUUUCGUAUCAGCACCCUCAAAGACGCAGUCCGUUGCUGAACCUCCACCACCGGCGGAUGUCGACUUGUUCGAUGAGUUCCUUUCGCAGCCCGCUCCGCUGAGGCCUGCUCCUUCACAAGCGCCCCAAUCGAUCUUGGAUUUGGACGAGUUCACCUCACCAUCCGUACUGUCGAAUUUCCGACAUUCGCCCGAGCGGCCCACGUCACGAAUUAACUCUCCAGGAGAUUUUGAUUUCGGCGACCGGGAGGAUGCGUUACUUGACGAUGAUUCAAACGACGAAGACGAUAUCCUGGGCGCUCUCAGCAAACCAGUUGACGCACGCGCACAACCACCUGCACGUUCCGUGCAAGAUACGCCGCAAUCUUCACAAGUAUCAACAUCUGGUCAACGUUCUCGUGCUGUAUCUCCGCCUCCACAUAUCGUCGGACAGAUAGUUGAGAUGGGGUUUUCGCCGGAACAAGCUCGAAUCGCGCUCGCCGCCACCGACACUGGAUUAGAUGUUCAAACUGCACUGGAGUCAUUGCUAGCAGCAGCAUCGAAUAAUGGAACGCAGACACCAUCUAGAGAGGCACCACGAGGAAACGCGCCGCGGCGACGGCGAGAGCGUUACGAGGAGUCAGACGAAGAUGAACACGACGAGGACUCUUCUCUUCGCCGCCGCCAGGCCCCAUCUAAGCGUGGCGGUCCUGCGCGUCCCCCGCGCGAACCACCGGCGCGUGACGGGCCCUCGUCGAGCCCUGCUGGGGCCAGUCAGCACAACCUGCAGGAGCAGGCAGACAAGCUCUUAGCCCAGGCCAGCGAGAUCGGGCUGAAUGUGUUCAAUCGCGCAAACGCAUUCUGGAAGGAAGGGAGGGAGAAGGUACAGCGCGCAUACGAAGAGCGUGCGGCUGCCGCAGCCUCAGCCAAGGCGCCCACCGCGGACAAGGCGAGGAACGCGAGGCCGAAGUGGAUGCAAGAUGUCCCCGAGCACGCGCACGUCGAAGGGAUCCGGCAUGACUGCGUUGAGUUCUCGGACGAGCCUGAAGUAUUGCCGCCAGGGCCUUCUAGUCAGACUCGUCCGAGGAAGUUGACGAACCACGCGCGUCCUGCGGCCGCUCCGGCUGCGAUGACGACGAAUCUGCUUUCCGAAGAUGCUCCUGCGAUGUAUGUCUCCCCGUUCCGCCGAAGGAUCCCGGCGCAAGUCCCGUCUACUCCUCCCGUCCGCCCACCAUCCCCUGUGAAACUUAUUCAACGGAAGGCUAUCUCGGCAUCGCCUACAGCCAUCGCAGCAUCUGCGAAGCACAAGGCUGCUGGAACCGAGAUGUUCAAGCUUGGGAGGUACGUGGAGGCAGAGACAUCUUACUCUGCUGCUAUUGCUGCUCUACCAGAGUCGCACUUGCUGCUUAUCCCGCUGUAUAACAACCGUGCGCUUACACGCAUCAAGACCGGCGAACACACUGGUGCAAUAGAAGAUUGUACCAAUGUUAUCAGCAUAAUUGGGCUGAAUUAUCAUCCUGCACGGGAGGAGAAGGUGACGAAGGAGGACGAAGGAGCCGGAAUUGAUCUGGCCGAUGGCCUUAUGAAAGCCUUUCGCCGGCGCGCCGAGGCGUAUGAAGGCAAGGAGAAGUGGGAUCUUGCGCGGCAGGAUUGGGAGACCAUCGCUGCGGCUGAGUGGGCUGCAAAGACGCGCGGAGAAGCAGUGAGAGGUGCCGGGCGCUGUCGAAGGAUGCUUAGUGCGGAUGUCGAUACGCUUGCCCCCACUUUAUCUGCGCCAGCUUCACGUCCACCCUCGCAGCCGAAGCGAAAACCAAAGCCGCAGCCUGUCCAACGUCGGCCGACCCCUACUUCCGAGGCUCUGAAUAGGGUGCGCGCGGCUAAUCAGGCUGCGGAGGCGGAGGAUCAGCAACGGUACGAGCUGAAGGAUGUUGUUGAUAGUCGGUUGGCGGCGUGGAAGAACGGGAAGGAAUUGAACAUUCGUGCACUCAUUGCCAGCCUGGAUACGGUCCUUUGGCCAGACCUGGGGUGGCAGAAAGUCGGGAUGCAUGAACUGGUCACGCCUUCGCAGGUGAAGAUACGGUACACAAAAGCCAUUGCAAAGUUACACCCUGACAAGCUCAGCGUGAACAAUACUACCCUGGAGCAACGGAUGAUCGCGAACGGAGUGUUUGGCUCGCUCAAUGACGCAUGGAAUGCUUUCAAACAGUAG